CCUCGCCUUCAAUGAUUUGCAGAGCAAUCUCUCCUCCAAGAGAUAGAAACUUCUUCUUAAGCUUAAUCAAACAGGCGACAACAAUCUCGCACCUCGACCAAACCCACGCCCAAAUCAUCCACAACAAUCUCGUCACCGACAACAUAACCAUCACAAAGCUCAUCCAGAAACUCCUCGAUUUCAAAUCCCAUGUCCGAGCGAAGCUCCUCUUUUCCAACACCGAUUCGCCCGAUCUUUUCCUUUACAAUGUACUCAUCAAAGGCCUCAGAAACAGCCCAUUCGAUUCCUUGUGUAUGUACAGAAGUCUGCUCCAGAAACACGGCUUCGAACCUGAUAAUUUCACCUACUCGUUUGUUAUCGCAGCUUUAUCCGGUUUUCCGUCGUCUGCGUCUCAGAAAGUUGGGGUUUUGCUUCAUGGGCAUGUGAUAGUUUCUGGGUUUGGCUCGGAUUUGUUUGUGGGCUCGGCUUUGGUGGACAUGUAUGCAAAAUUUUCAAGGAUAAGAGAUGCACAUAAGGUGUUUGAUGGAAUAUCUGAACCAGACACGGUUCUUUGGAACACGAUCAUUUCUGGGCUGGUGAAAACUUGUUGCUUCGACGAAUCUCUUCAGGUUUUCCGGGAUAUGGUUAAGAGAACAAAAUCGUUCGAUUCGACUACAUUGGCUGUAGUGCUUUCUUCUAUAGCUGAGUUGCUGGAGAUGAAAACUGGGAUGAUGGUUCAGGCAUUAGCCUUGAAAAUCGGAUGCCAUUCGCACGACCACGUGCUCACUUGUUUGGUUUCUUUGUAUUCUAAAUGUGGAGAUAUUUUCACCGCUCGAUUAUUGUUUAAUUUAAUUGGGAAACCGGAUUUGGUCGCGUAUAACGCAAUGAUUUCCGGUUAUUCUUGCAAUGGCGAAACCGAGCUGUCGGUUCAGCUAUUUCAAGAAUUGCUUUUAUCGGGGUGCAAAGUUAGCUCAAGCACAAUAGUUGGUUUAAUUCCCGUGUUUUAUCCGUUUGGAUACUUGGAUCUUACUCGAUCAAUCCAUGGAUUCUGUGUGAAGUCGAAUUUUCUUCUCAAUUCCUCCAUUUCAACUGCAUUGACGACAGUUUAUAGUCGGCUGAACGAGUUGGAACUCGCUAGAAAGCUAUUCGAUGAAUCGCCAGAGAAAACAUUGGCAUCAUGGAAUGCCAUGAUAUCGGGUUACGCCCAAAACGGGCAAACGGAAACUGCAAUAUCUCUUUUCCACGAAAUGCAAAAUCUCAAUAUUCAACCGAAUCCAGUCACAGUCACCAGUAUUUUGUCAGCAUGUGCACAACUCGGUGCUUUAGGGCUCGGGAAAUGGGUCCACGAUUUGAUUAAAAAAGAGUGUUUCGAGUCAAAUAUUUACGUUUCGACCGCUUUGAUCGACAUGUACACGAAAUGUGGCAGUAUCGACGAAGCCAGGACUGUAUUCAAUAGCCUGCAAGAAAAGAAUGUGGUGACAUGGAAUUCCAUGAUUUCUGGAUAUGGACUUCACGGAUAUGGACACGAGGCACUAAAGCUGUUCGAUGAAAUGCUUCUUUCGGGUAUUUCUCCAACGGGGGUUACUUUUGUCUCGAUUUUGUACGCUUGCAGUCAUGCUGGUUUGGUGAAAGAAGGUGAAAGAAUAUUCCACUCUAUGGUUUCCGAUCAUGGCUUCGAACCAAACUCCGAGCACUACGCGUGCAUGGUGGACAUUCUUGGACGAGCUGGAAAAUUAGAAGAGGCGGUGGAAUUUAUAAAUAAGAUGCCGAUAAAACCGGGUCCCGCUGAGUGGGGUGCAUUAUUAGGGGGUUGUAUGGUUCACAAGAACUCAAACUUGGCUCGUUUGGCUUCCGAUCAGUUAUUCGAAUUGGACCCUGAAAACGUGGGCUAUCGUGUUCUGCUCUCGAAUAUAUAUUCGAAUAACCAGAAUUACGAUCGGGCUGCUUCGUUAAGACAAGUGGUGAGGCGGAAGAAUCUGGUGAAGACACCUGGCUGUACUUUGAUCGAGGUUAACGGACAACAACACGUGUUCACUUCGAGCGAUAGGGCGCACCCACAGUUGAAAGGUAUAUACGCAAUGCUCGAGAAACUAAUGGGGAAGAUGAAAGAUGCUGGGUAUCUGGCGGAGACUGUGACUACAGCGCUGCACGACGUGGAAGAAGAAGAGAAGGAGAUUAUGCUGAGUGUUCACAGUGAGAAACUCGCCAUUGCUUUCGGGCUUAUGAUGUCUGAAGAAGGAGGUGAGAUUAGGAUUAUCAAGAAUCUUAGGGUCUGUUUGGACUGUCAUAAUUUUACUAAAUUUGUUUCUGGGAUUACUGAAAGAGUAAUAAUUGUUAGGGAUGCUAAUAGGUUUCAUCGUUUUGAGAAUGGAGCUUGUUCUUGUGGAGACUAUUGGUAAAAGAUUCAACAUUUAAACAUGUUAUAAUCAAAGUUUCGU